AUGCAACAUGUGGCAACUCAACAAUUGUUCGAAGAGGAAGUCAGUGGUACUGCUGGGGAGGAGCCUAUGGCCAGGUUAUGUGUUUUCAGUCCUAAGGAACAAAGCGAGAGGCAUGUCAGUAAAACAAAUUUUAGCCAGGAGAAAGAUGCCUUGGUCGUGCACAAACUUUUGGAGCAACAUCAGACGAGUCAAGGGAGGGAGAUGGAGGAACAGAGGCAAGUGGUAGUUGGUGGGACAGCAAAGACUUCAGAGGUGGAGACUUCUCUAGAGGCAAUGGAGGUGAGGGAGGAGGUUCAAUUGAGAAAUAAUAGAACAUGGAGAAGAGCCAUUAGACAGAGUUCAACAACUUUGAAAUACAUGGAGGAUGAAGGGGAAGAUCAAAAGGGUAAAACUAAGAAGAGAGGCAGAAAAGCAGGGGUAGAAAUCAGAAAUGGCAGGUCCACUAAACUCACAGACUGGAAUUGGGUAGUGAAUGGUCCUCCUAAAAUCAAGCAGGGAGCUGUGGGAACAGAUAUCUGGGUGGCUGAACUAAUGGCAAAUGGUGGGAGGAAUUGGGAUGAGGGGUUGUUUUUUCUGUUUUUGAUGGUGUGGUGUUGUUGUGUCUGUUGGACUUCAGCUCGUGUGGCUGCCUUCAGUGCAUUUGAUGUGUGA